UUGGAGGAUUAUAUGCGCUCGGCGAUUCAGGGACCGUGUUGCUCUCCACGAUCAGCAAAACAGUAGCAAAUACAAAUCAUCGCGAUCGGGAGAAAUGUUGGAUGCUGUCCUCCUCCUCCUCUUCUCGUCUCUCGCCUGCAUCGGCGCGCCGGCGAACGCUCUCUAUUCGCCUUCCUCUCCUGUCGUACAACUCAGUCCCUCCAACUUCAAAUCUAAGGUUUUGAAUUCGAAUGGGAUCGUGCUGGUGGAGUUCUUUGCCCCAUGGUGCGGCCACUGCAAAGCUCUGGCCCCUGCAUGGGAGAAAGCUGCCACCGUUCUCAAAGGUGUAGCCACAGUGGCUGCUCUCGAUGCGGAUGCUCAUAGUGCCCUUGCUCAGGAAUAUGGAAUUCAAGGAUUUCCUACAAUCAAGGUGUUCUCACCUGGCAAACCACCAGUAGAUUAUCAAGGAGCAAGGGAUGUAAAACCCAUUGCAGAGUUUGCUCUCCAGCAGGUUAAAGCACUUCUUAAAGAGCGUUUGAAUGGAAAGUCAUCAGGUGGUUCAAGUGAGAAAUCUGAACCAAGUGCUUCAAUUGCACUGAAUUCUCAGAACUUUGAUGAACUUGUCUUGAAAAGCAAAGAAUUGUGGAUUGUGGAAUUCUUUGCACCAUGGUGUGGACAUUGCAAGAAACUAGCACCUGAGUGGAAAAAAGCUUCAAAUAACCUCAAAGGGAAGGUCAAAUUGGGUCAUGUUGACUGUGAUGCUGAAAAGUCAUUGAUGAGCAGAUUUGGUGUACAAGGCUUCCCGACUAUCUUGGUAUUUGGUCUUGAUAAGAGCAACCCCUAUCCUUAUGAGGGUUCUAGAACUGCUUCUGCAAUUGAGGCAUUUGGGCUGGAACAACUUGAAGCCAAUCUUGGUCCUGCUGAGGUGUUUGAAUUGACUGGUCCUGAUGUGAUGGAAGAUAAAUGUGCUUCAGCUGCUAUAUGCUUUGUAUCUUUCCUUCCUGAUAUCUUGGAUUCGAAGGCAGAAGGAAGGAACAAGUACUUAGAUCUUCUGUUGUCAGUUGCUGAGAAAUUUAAAAGGAGCCCAUACAGCUUCGUUUGGUCAGCUUCUGGCAAGCAGGCUGAUCUUGAGAACCAAGUUGGAGUUGGUGGUUACGGUUACCCAGCUUUGGUAGCUUUGAACGUAAAGAAGGGUGCUUAUGCUCCACUCAAAAGUGCUUUUCAGCAUGACCAAAUCAUCGAAUUUAUCAAAGAAGCCGGUCUUGGUGGAAAAGGCAACCUACCCCUUCAAAACGCUCCAACUAUUGUUAAAAUAGAGCCAUGGGACGGUAAAGAUGGAGAAAUUAUCGAGGAGGAUGAGUUCUCCCUCGAUGAGCUCAUGGGUGAAGAGAACAGAGAUAAAGAUGAAUUGUAACAGCGAGAAGCAUGGUUUAGAUGAUUUUUGAAUGAUUCGCGAAGUUUAGUUGAGUUUCCUUUGUAAUCCCCGUGGCAAAUUACUUGGAACUAAUCUCUGGAGAUUUACAUGGGGCUUAGCGUUUUGUGAUUUGUAGUAGUCACCGUUUGCUGAGUGAUCCACUCCCAUUCAGGAUUUGGACUUUAUUUUAUAAGUCAUUGCAAGGCAAGAUAAAUUUGGUACUUAAAGUUUAACACUACUGGAUAUAUUAGAAAGGCUUCUUGAUAA